AUGUCACACGGAGCCAAUUCAGCUUCGCGCUCCUUUCGUGCCCGCGCGUGCGAAAAUUGUCGGCUGAGAAAGAUCAAAUGUGACAAAGCCAUUCCAUGUUCCAGCUGCGGCACACUCGGCAUCCCCUGCCAGGCCGCAUCUUCAAGGCUAACAGAACGGCCUCGCGCUCCUCCAACCAACCAGCAUGCCAGCCAUCAGAAUGCCGCUUCAGGGGCUUCCGGCAUUAACCAAGCCAGCGAGAGAAACUGGGAGCUGAUAGAAGACCGCCUUUCUGCGGUCGAAAAGAGCAUUCAAGAGUUGUCACAUCGUUCUGCCCCCGGUUCUGUGAAUUCGUUAGACCAUCAUUCACCCUCCAUAUCCACCCAGUCGUCGUUGGAGAUAACGACAGCUGCAUUUGAAGGACAAUCGUCCUUUGGUAGUGCAACGUUGCUAGCCAAGAAGGCUGCAGAUAUAUCCGUUGCAAGAGUCCCCGGGAGCAAACUCGACGAGAACGUCUAUAGAGCCCUCCUCUCGCUAAAAAGUAACCUAGAUAAGCACCAUCCAUCUCCGCGUUCUUCUGAAUCGACGGAAACUGCAAGCACAGCCGCAUCGAAUCUAAAUCUGCCUCCGGUGGCCUUCGUAAUUUCUCUCAUCAGGAGAGUCAAAGAGCAACCGCCGUUCUUUCUUGUGAACAACUCUUGGAGAGAUUACCUCCAGAUCGAAAAACUAUGUCAGAAAGUUUACUUUCCUUCUGAACCGAUCACCGCAGGGUCAAUUACCCUUAUGCAUGGUUUGCUUUAUUUCAUCAUUCGGGACUACAUGCACAGUGGGGACAGUUCGCUGUCUCAAUCUGAUUGCACCCUAUAUGCAGACAUUUGUGAGAAAAGCUUUGUGCAGGGUUUGAAAUCUUACGAAAUGUUUGUCGGCCCGACCCUUGAAAAGGUCCAGGCUCUGCUCAUUGGGGUUAUUAAGUGUCAAGAAGAAUCAAAUCACCCGCUUUGCUGGACAUAUCUGUCAAUCGCAUUUGAUAUGUGUCAAAGCAUGGGAUAUCACAGCAAUUCGGAAUUGAAAAACGAUCCUUUCCCCGUUGCGGAGGAGAAGCGACACGUUUUCUGGAGAUUGUACAUGAUCGACAAAAACCUCUCUCUUAACCUUGGCCGCACAUCACAUUUUCAAGACCAUGAUAUCGAUUGCGGAGUAUUCAUACCGUCAACUGACCCCCAUCAAAGCCCUUGGGAUCUAAUGGCUCAUGUGAUCAUUAAAUUUUCAGCUAUUCAGGGCCGAGUGUAUGACAGGCUAUAUUCUGUUUCAGCAUCGCAAUCGUCACCGGAGGAAAAAAUGCGGGUGAUGGAACAGUUGUCUAUCGAGCUGAUUGAAGUGCGAAAUGAACUCCUCAGGAUCGACGUCAGUGGUGGCUAUUAUGCGGAUUCAUUGCAGGGAAUGGCGGCCUGCGCUGAAUUCAUCACCUAUUCAGUUUUAACCGUCAUAUACCGCGCCCAGAUGUCGCCGAAUGCUAUGUCUAUAAGUUCCAAGUGUUUAGAGGCAGCCAAGCUCGGUCUACAGAGUCACCUAAAGUGCUUUUCCUACUUCAGUGAACGCAAAAGCCACAAGCAGGCUGAAUACGUAACCUGGAUCCUUCUCUACCCUUCCUUCACCCCGUUCGUCAUCGUCUUCACCCACGCAAUUGCCGCCGGAGACUUAGAGGAGCUCUCCCUACUCAAAGAAACCGUCGGCUCGCUUGAACUGGUUAAGGAUCUUUCCCGUGGCUCCCAACAUCUCUACGAGAUAUGCAAAGCAUUCCUCACCAUUGCCCAGUCCUUGAUUGAUUCUCAACUAACCCUGAACGGCCUCGAACACCAAGACGACGGCUCGCUUGUACUACCUUUUAUGACGGAUGGCCAGACCCAGAUCACUUUCCCGGAUAUCCCCUGGCCAGAAGAUAUGCACGAUUUUAACAUGGACAGUGCUGAUAUUUCUGUCUUUUUGAAUGAUUUCCUUGGUACGAACAGGCCCGGGACAGAUAUGCUCAGCUUGAACCUUACGUAA